CCGUGGGCGGUGCUCCCCUUUGACCCCUCGCUCGCGUGCUACACAUCCGGGCCUCUGCUACUAGUGAGGGGAAGAUGGCGGCCGCAACUGUGGUGGUUCCCGUAGAGUGGAUAAAGAACUGGGAGAAAUCAGGGAGAGGCGAAUUUUUGCAUUUAUGCCGGAUCCUCAGUGAAAAUAAAAGCCAUGAUAGUUCAACUUACAGAGAUUUCCAACAGGCUCUUUAUGAGUUAUCAUACCAUGUCAUUAAAGGAAAUCUAAAGCAUGAACAGGCAUCCAAUGUUCUUAAUGACAUUAGUGAAUUUCGUGAGGAUAUGCCCUCCAUUCUUGCUGAUGUAUUCUGCAUAUUAGAUAUUGAGACGAAUUGUUUAGAAGAAAAAAGCAAGAGAGACUAUUUUACACAAUUGGUAUUAGCAUGUUUGUAUUUAGUUUCAGACACAGUUCUAAAGGAACGCCUGGAUCCAGAAACAUUGGAAUCAUUAGGGCUUAUCAAACAAUCACAGCAGUUUAAUCAAAAGUCCGUUAAAAUCAAGACAAAACUCUUUUAUAAGCAGCAAAAAUUCAAUUUGUUAAGAGAAGAGAAUGAAGGUUAUGCCAAGCUGAUUGCUGAAUUGGGGCAAGAUUUAUCUGGAAAUAUUACUAGUGAUUUAAUCUUAGAAAAUAUCAAAUCUUUAAUAGGAUGCUUUAAUCUGGAUCCCAAUAGAGUUUUGGAUGUCAUUUUAGAAGUGUUUGAAUGCAGGCCAGAACAUGAUGACUUCUUUAUAUCUUUAUUAGAAUCUUACAUGAGUAUGUGUGAACCGCAAACACUGUGUCAUAUUCUUGGGUUCAAAUUCAAAUUUUACCAGGAACCAAAUGGAGAGACUCCGUCAUCUUUAUACAGAGUUGCAGCAGUACUUCUACAGUUUAAUCUUAUUGAUUUAGAUGAUCUUUAUGUACAUCUUCUUCCAGCUGAUAAUUGCAUUAUGGAUGAACACAAACGAGAAAUUGUGGAAGCUAAGCAAAUUGUUAGAAAACUUACAAUGGUUGUAUUGUCUUCUGAAAAAAUUGAUGAGCGAGAGAAAGAAAAGGAAAAAGAAGAGGAGAAAGUAGAGAAGCCACCUGACAACCAAAAACUUGGUUUGUUGGAAGCCUUGUUAAAGAUUGGUGAUUGGCAGCAUGCACAGAACAUUAUGGAUCAGAUGCCUCCAUACUAUGCAGCUUCACAUAAGCUAAUAGCCCUUGCUAUUUGCAAGCUUAUUCACAUAACUAUUGAGCCUCUCUACCGAAGAGUUGGCGUUCCUAAAGGUGCUAAAGGUUCACCUGUUAAUGCUUUGCAAAAUAAGAGGGCACCAAAACAAGCAGAGAGCUUUGAAGAUUUGAGGAGAGAUGUCUUCAAUAUGUUCUGUUACCUUGGUCCUCACCUUUCCCACGAUCCCAUUUUAUUUGCAAAAGUGGUGCGCAUUGGCAAAUCAUUUAUGAAAGAGUUUCAGUCUGAUGGAAGCAAACAAGAAGAUAAAGAGAAAACGGAAGUUAUCCUUAGCUGUUUACUUAGCAUUACUGACCAGGUACUACUUCCAUCUCUUUCUUUGAUGGACUGCAAUGCUUGUAUGUCUGAGGAACUAUGGGGAAUGUUUAAAACAUUUCCAUAUCAGCAUAGAUACCGUCUCUAUGGCCAGUGGAAGAAUGAAACUUAUAACAGUCACCCACUUUUAGUAAAAGUUAAAGCCCAAACAAUAGACAGAGCCAAAUAUAUCAUGAAGCGUUUAACCAAGGAAAAUGUGAAGCCUUCUGGAAGACAAAUUGGGAAAUUGAGCCACAGCAAUCCAACCAUUUUGUUUGAUUAUGUAUGUUUUGAGAUCUUGUCACAAAUACAGAAGUAUGAUAACUUAAUAACACCUGUAGUAGAUUCAUUGAAAUACCUCACUUCAUUGAAUUACGAUGUUUUGGCCUAUUGUAUUAUUGAAGCUUUAGCUAAUCCAGAAAAGGAGAGAAUGAAACAUGAUGACACAACCAUCUCAAGCUGGCUUCAGAGUCUGGCUAGUUUCUGUGGUGCAGUUUUUCGUAAAUAUCCAAUUGAUCUUGCUGGUCUUCUUCAAUAUGUGGCUAAUCAGCUAAAGGCAGGCAAAAGUUUUGACCUGCUUAUAUUGAAAGAAGUGGUACAAAAAAUGGCAGGAAUAGAAAUUACAGAGGAAAUGACAAUGGAGCAACUAGAGGCCAUGACUGGUGGAGAGCAACUAAAAGCUGAGGGUGGUUAUUUUGGCCAGAUCAGAAACACUAAAAAAUCCUCCCAGAGAUUAAAGGAUGCACUAUUGGACCAUGAUCUUGCUCUUCCUCUCUGUUUGCUUAUGGCUCAACAGAGGAAUGGGGUAAUCUUCCAGGAAGGUGGAGAGAAACAUUUGAAACUUGUGGGAAAACUCUAUGAUCAGUGUCAUGAUACCCUGGUACAGUUUGGUGGUUUUUUAGCAUCUAAUCUAAGCACAGAAGAUUAUAUAAAGCGAGUGCCUUCAAUUGAUGUGCUCUGUAAUGAAUUUCAUACACCCCACGAUGCAGCAUUUUUCCUGUCUAGGCCAAUGUAUGCACACCAUAUUUCGUCCAAGUAUGAUGAACUUAAAAAAUCAGAAAAGGGAAGUAAACAGCAACAUAAAGUUCACAAGUACAUUACAUCAUGUGAAAUGGUGAUGGCUCCUGUCCAUGAAGCAGUGGUCUCCUUACAUGUUUCCAAAGUCUGGGAUGACAUCAGCCCUCAAUUCUAUGCCACAUUUUGGUCAUUGACAAUGUAUGACCUUGCAGUUCCACACACCAGCUAUGAACGGGAAGUCAAUAAACUUAAAGUCCAGAUGAAAGCAAUUGAUGACAAUCAGGAAAUGCCUCCAAAUAAAAAGAAAAAAGAGAAGGAGCGUUGUACUGCCCUUCAGGACAAGCUUCUUGAAGAAGAAAAGAAACAGAUGGAACAUGUACAGAGAGUUCUACAAAGACUGAAACUGGAAAAGGACAACUGGCUUUUAGCAAAAUCUACCAAAAAUGAGACCAUCACAAAAUUUCUACAGCUGUGUAUAUUUCCUCGAUGUAUUUUUUCAGCAAUUGAUGCUGUUUACUGUGCUCGUUUUGUUGAAUUGGUACAUCAACAGAAAACUCCAAAUUUUUCCACACUUCUUUGCUAUGAUCGAGUUUUCUCUGAUAUAAUUUACACAGUUGCAAGCUGUACUGAAAAUGAAGCUAGUCGAUAUGGAAGAUUUCUUUGCUGCAUGUUAGAGACUGUAACCAGGUGGCACAGUGAUAGAGCCACAUAUGAAAAGGAAUGUGGAAAUUACCCAGGAUUCCUUACUAUAUUACGGGCAACUGGAUUUGAUGGUGGAAAUAAAGCAGAUCAAUUAGACUAUGAAAAUUUUCGACAUGUUGUACAUAAAUGGCAUUACAAACUAACCAAGGCAUCCGUACAUUGCCUUGAAACAGGCGAAUAUACUCACAUCAGGAAUAUCUUGAUUGUGCUAACAAAAAUACUUCCUUGGUACCCCAAAGUUUUGAAUCUGGGUCAGGCUUUGGAAAGAAGAGUACAUAAAAUCUGCCAAGAAGAAAAAGAGAAGAGGCCAGAUCUAUAUGCAUUGGCUAUGGGCUACUCUGGGCAGUUGAAAAGUAGAAAGUCAUACAUGAUACCUGAAAAUGAGUUUCAUCACAAAGAUCCCCCUCCGAGGAAUGCAGUUGCCAGUGUACAAAAUGGGCCUGGUGGUGGGCCUUCUUCAUCGUCGAUAGGAAGUGCAUCUAAAUCGGAUGAAAGCAGUACUGAGGAGACUGAUAAAUCAAGGGAGAGAUCUCAGUGUGGUGUGAAAGCUGUUAAUAAAGCUUCUAGUGCCGCACCGAAAGGGAAUUCAAGCAAUGGAAACAGUAGCUCUAACAGCAGCAAAGCUGUUAAAGAAAAUGACAAAGAAAAAGGGAAAGAGAAAGAAAAAGAGAAAAAAGAAAAGACUCCAGCUACUACUCCAGAGGCCAGGGUACUUGGUAAAGAUGGUAAAGAAAAACCGAAGGAAGAGCGGCCAAAUAAAGAUGAAAAAGCAAGAGAGACGAAGGAAAGAACACCCAAGUCUGACAAAGAGAAAGAAAAAUUCAAGAAGGAAGAAAAAGCUAAAGAUGAGAAAUUCAAAACCACUGUCCCCAACGUAGAAUCAAAAUCGACUCAAGAAAAGGAAAGAGAGAAGGAGCCAUCCAGAGAAAGAGAUAUAGCAAAGGAAAUGAAAUCAAAGGAAAAUGUUAAAGGAGGAGAAAAAACACCAGUUUCUGGGUCCUUGAAGUCUCCUGUUCCCCGAUCAGAUGUUGCAGAGCCUGAAAGGGAACAAAAACGCCGCAAAAUUGAUACCCACCCUUCUCCAUCACAUUCCUCAACAGUAAAGGUUACAGCCAUACUUCCCAAAGUUCCUCUGGGUUCUGAGAACUAUGCCAGCUCACCUGUCAUCUCCAUUCAUUUUCUACAGGACAGUCUCAUCGAACUCAAGGAGUCUUCAGCAAAGCUCUACAUUAAUCAUACUCCUCCACCACUGUCCAAGAGUAAGGAGAGAGAAAUGGACAAGAAAGAUUUGGACAAGUCAAGGGAAAGAUCCAGAGAAAGAGAGAAAAAAGAUGAAAAGGACAGGAAAGAACGGAAAAGGGAUCAUUCAAACAAUGACCGUGAAGUGCCGCCGGACUUAGCCAAGAGGCGAAAAGAGGAAAACGGAACAAUGGGGGUUUCAAAACACAAAAGUGAAAGUCCGUGUGAGUCUCCUUAUCCAAAUGAGAAAGACAAGGAAAAAAAUAAGUCAAAAUCUUCAGGCAAAGAAAAAGGUGGUGAUUCGUUUAAAUCUGAAAAGAUGGAUAAAAUCUCCUCCGGUGGCAAAAAGGAGUCCAGGCAUGAUAAAGAAAAGAUAGAAAAAAAAGAGAAACGGGACAGUUCAGGAGGAAAGGAAGAGAAGAAACAUCAUAAGUCCUCGGACAAGCACAGAUAAUGAAGACUUUCAAUCAAGGGUAUGGACAGACCCCUAAGCUGAAGGUCUCCCAGAGGAGGAUGCCAAAGCUCCAUGCGUCACUCUCAGAACGGUAUCUCCCAUAAUUAAGAGCUUCUGGUGCUGUCCAUUUAAUGGGAAUCUGCUUUAAGUCAGAAGAUGAAUACACACCACCAUCCUCUUGACGAGACAUUCCAAAGUCACUGAUUUUCAGAACAUUAUUUUCACCUCCAGGCAGUUUCUUGCAGCAAGGUCCCUGUGUAUACAAUUUUUACUCGAGAUUUCGCCAUCCAGAAGCAGCAUCUAAUGAAAAAUUCAGUAACUGUUUCAGUUCAUCCUUCUUUCUCAGAAAGGAGAGGAAAUCGCCUCCUGGACCCAGUUCCUUAAUGAUAUAGAUAGGCUGUAUUUGUGUGCGAACUCCUAUAAGUUUGACAAUAUCAGGAUGAUUAUAUUGCUUGAGGAUUUUGGCUUCUUGUAAAAAUUUUAAUUUCAGCUCCUGGGAAAGAUCAUCUUUACAUGUUUUAAUGGCAAUAGCAGUUUUAUCCUUUAAUGUGCCCUUAAAUAAUGUCAGCAAAAGUUCCCUUGCUCAGUAAUUCUACUGUGACAUCAUCAUGAACGAGACCCCUAUUUCUUACUCUAGUUAUGGCCAUACUGAUACCAUAAUACUCUUUAUUACAACACUUUUUUUUGCAAUUUAAAAAAUUAGGUAAAAUUUACAUAACAAAAUUUGCCAUUUUAAAGUGGUUUUUAGUAUAUACACUAUGUUGUAGCCAUCACCACUAAUUCCAGAACAUUUCCAUUGCCCCCAAAAGAAAACCCAUACCUGUUAGCAAUCACACCCAGUUCUCCCCUUCCUGCCCCUGGAAAUAACUAAUGUAACUUUCUGUCUUUAUUGAUUUCCCUGUUUUGGACAUUUCAUAAAAAUGGAAUCAUGUAAUGUGUGGCCUUUUGUGUCUGGCUUCUUUCACUUAUCAUCAUGUUUUCAAGGUUCAUCCAUGUUGUAGCAUAUAUCAGAACUUCAUUUCUUUUUAUAACUGAAUAAUACUCCAUUGUAUGAAUGUGUACCACAUUUUGUUUAUCCAUUCAUCAGCGAUGGACAGGAACAAUGAGUUUAAGUAUUAAAAUUGUAAGUUCAACAUUAGUGUAUCCACAGUUAUAAUUGGUAAUGUCAAGGUUAUACAUGGUGUGAACAGAAUGCUGUAUAGAAAUAAUGUGUAAAUUAUUUGUCAGCAUUUCAUGCAAGUGUGAUUACUUUCCAAGGUCCUUCUAGCUCUGGUUUUAUGAAAUAUGUGAAUGUAGUAUUUUCGUCAAUAAAGUUUAAUGCUUUAAGCAUUAGUUUAAAAUUUGAAUGAGAACAAUGUUAGGCAGAUAUGAAGUUAUUUGCCACAUGUUGUAAUGAUCAUGUUUUGAAUUUAUUUCAAUAUGCAGUAUUUGAAAAUGUCAGUACAUAAAGGAAAGGAAAUGAGUAUAAUUAAGUCAAUAUAUUUUUAAAGCAAUUUUUAUAAUUUAGCAGACAUUGCAUCUUAAUAUAAGUCACUAUUAAAAUCAUGUCCUUGUGAAAAAUGUGAUGUCAUUUUUCUCUUUUUUUGUUGAUCAUGUAAAAUCGGUUCCUUUUCAUUGCUAUGUGUUCUGUUUACUUUUGACAAGCUAUUGCUUGCCCCUGUGGAAUAUUUUACUUGUUUCUAUUUCAUUUAUCUUUCCUCCCCUCCCCCUCCCUUCUCCUUCUCUCACAGACAAAAUAUUUAGUGUUUUUUUUUUUAACUCCUCAUAGUGUACCUAUCUUUAAUGGUUUCUGAGAGUGAGCAGUAAUGAGAAAUACACAAAUAUUUUAUUCUUCUCUAAUAGGGACUUAAUUCAAGCCUUUGUUGACAGAAUUCAUUGAUUUUUCUUUGUUUCUUAAAUCUUCCAUCUUCCUUCCUUUCUUCCUUUCCUCCUCCUCCAUUCCUUUCCUCUCUCCUUUGUUUUGAAACUUUCCUCCCUCUGUCCCUUUUUUCCAUCCAUCCCCCCUUCCCUUUCUUCUCCCUCCUUCUUUCUCUUCCUUCCUUAUCUAUCAAUAUAAUCACUUUGUUUCUUUCAGGUGAGAUUGGAAUGAAAUUGUUCAGCUGUGACCAGAAAUUUAUUUUCCUGAAUAGAUUGCCAAGAAUUAUGAAUCAAGAGGGCCCAUUUGCAUCUUCUUAAGUUAUUCAGUUAUCUGCUUUAUUGCUCUAUGCUGAAAACUUAAAAUUGUUGAGUUGUGCAUUACUAUAUUUAACUUGUUGCUUAGUUUCUACAUGUUUAUUUUCAGUAAAUGGCUGAAAGUGUUAACUUUUCCAUAUUUUUAGCACAAUGUGCUGCAUACAGUUCCCAACAAGCAAAUAAGGUUACAUGUGUACAGAAUUUCACUUUAGGUUAACUAAAUAUUGCCUGGGUUUAGUUGUUUUUUGUUUUGUUUUUUUGUUUUGUUUUUUUUUUUCAAUAUGAAAUGCUUCCUUUUUAUUGUUUGAAACUGAAAAUAAACAAUUAUUGAACCAU